AUGUCGAUGCUAUCAUCCAUGAAAGAACGGUGGGACGCACGGAAAACCGCCGAACUGAGCCGCCGAGCAUUGAGCGUCCAAUACCUCGCCACCACGUUUCUUCAGGAAGUCUAUGCUGCCGGGAUGAAUCGAGAUUGCAGCAUUUAUCAGCUGGAAAAUCUAGAACACGAUGAAGCCGGAAUUAUUCGCCAAAAGGGCGCCAAUGUUCGGUGCCCGCUAGAUGGGAGGGAAGGUGCAGCCUAUGUUCAUUGUGUGCAGGGACGGGAUAAUGUGGGUGUGGCCACUCAAAUUCUCAGCUAUUCUUGGAGCUACACUAUUGGAGACAUUGUAGAUACUCUAGUGGAAUUCUGCAAGAGCACUGGUAGAGAUCCCAAGAGAACCUAUGUGUGGAUCUGUUGUUUCUGCAUCAAUCAGCACCGAGUGGCAAAGCAAAAGAAAAGCAGGCGAUCUGGUACCAUUUCGCCAGAUGCCGUGGAUUUCUUUACCGUCUUUGGAGACAAAGUCACGGGCACUGGCCACCUUUUGGCCAUGAUGGCUCCCUGGCACAACCCAGUGUAUCUGCAACGAAUUUGGUGCAUCUUUGAAAUGCAUACUGCGCAGCAAGGAAAUUGCAAGGUAUCCGUACUCAUGCCACCCAGAGAAAAGGCCGCAUUUGAGAAAGACGUUCUGGGCGAGUCCACUGGGGAUGGCUUUCAAACGCUCAUGAAGGCACUCUCACGGACAAGGGUCCAAAAAGCCAAGGCCACUGUGGAAUCUGAUCGACAAAGAAUCAUGGACAUUGUCGAGAACAAUCAGGGAUGUGGUGCUUUGAACAUUCAAGUCAAUGAGCUGCUGAGAGCUUGGGUGCUCGAAAUUGUGUCCUCGCUGUCCAAUCGCAAGGUGCUCUCGUGGAAUGGAAUCGAAGAGUCAUUGGAGAAUGCCAAAGCAUGCAACCGCAUUGGUCUUCUCUUGAACAAACUUGGCCUGCACGACGCUGCCUUGGAAAAGUAUAGAAAAGCCCUACAAAUCCACCUGACCUUGCGAAAAAAGGAUGGCUCCACCAGGUCGUCCUCCACAUUGGAAGUCGCCACAUGCUGUAACAACAUUGGCAUGGCGCUGUACACCAAAGGGAAUUACGAGGAUGCCCUGGCCGAAUUCCAGAGUGCUGCACGUAUGCUCGAGGGCAAGCUCGGCAAAAAGGAUGCGGAAACUGCCACCUCGUAUGAUCAUAUCGGGUCCGUGUUGGAAGCCAAAGGAAACAAUCGCGACGCCUUGAUGUACUACAGAAAAGCUCUCAGGGCCCGCGAAUCUGCGCUGGGCAAGCAGCACCGGGACACGGCUGCCUCAUACAGCAAUGUCGGAACGGUGCUGAGCAGCCUUGGACAGCACGAUGAGGCACUCUCUCAUCACAAGACUGCCUUGUCAAUCCGCAGGUCCGUGCUUGGAAAACGACAUCCCGACACAGCAACCAGCUAUAACAACCUUGGGAUGGUGCUACGCGCCACAGGAGACCACAAGGGGGCGUUGGAAAUGUACCAAAAGGCACUCAAGAUAACAGAACUAGUCCUGGGACGGGAGCACCAAACCACUGCCACCUGCUACAGCAACAUGGCCCUCAUCCUUCAUGACAAAAAAGACCACGCCGCCGCAUUGGUGGAGUUCCAGAAGGCUUUGGAAAUCCAUGAAACGGUGCUGGGUAGGGAACACCCAGAGACGGCAAUUUCCCUUAGCUAUGUUGGGCAAGUCUUGGAGGCCCUGGGGGACUUGGAUGGCUCCCUGGAUGCCUUUAAGAAAGCCCUCGCGAUCCAUGAAAAAGUGCAUGGAUGGAAACAUACUUUGACUGCAGCAGCAUACGCGGACAUUGGCCGCAUCCUCGUCGCUAGGGAGGAAUACGAAGAUGCCCUGGACAACUACAAGAAAGGUCUGGCCGUGGUAAAACUGAACAGGGGAAGGCGGCACCCAGAGACUGCACUGGCUCACAUGUCUGUAGGGUUCGUUGCCAACGCCCUGGGCAACACCGAUGCUGCCGAAGCAGAGUACGGUUAUGCGAUGGCUAUUGUAGAAAUUCGGGCCGAAUCUCUGGAAGCUGACGGCGAGUGCGACGCAGCCUUGGAGCGAUUCAGAGAGCUACUGGAACUGAAGGAAUCCUUGGUGGGAGCGGAACAUGUGGACACGGCGCAGUUGCAUGACAACCUCGGCAGGAUUUUGCACGCCAAGGGCGAUCACGAUGCAGCCUUGGCAGAAUACCAACUUGCAUUGAAGAUCAGAGAGAUGUGUCUCCGCUCGAGUCACCCUUCGAUUUUGCAGAAUCGUAAACGAAUAUCCAGUGUGUUGAACAGCAAACAGGCAGUAGCAGAUUCGAGCAAUGACGUGGAUUUGAAGCUCAAAACCAGCAACGAAAACGAUGAAUCGAGAAAGCAGGGUGUUGCACCCUCGCACCCCGGACCACCGAGGACUGCAGAACAUUCUUCCAAACGAUAUCACAGUCACAGCCCGAAACGCACGCGAUGA